CGACUUCAUAAGGUUCCUGAAAGCACUCUGAAUAAUUUGGCCUGAUACCUCAACUGUAACAUUUCCUGAUGUGCGUGCUGGCCAAGGUGUUAAUAUUACAAAAGUACUGUGAGCCACCUUAGGCCCCAGCUGACUGGGGAAUGUGAGGCAGCUCAGAAACACUACUGCAACUACCUGCUCAAUAAAACGCAGUGUGGAAAAAAAAAAAACGUACUGUGAGGAUUUCCUGUGAUUUAGUUCCUGGAACAAGGAUUCCUUGACAUGCAGCUCAGCUCCAAUGCUCUGACCCGGUUCUUCCUGAACAAGCAGACAUCGUGUCUUCUCUGCAGUGACCUUGGUACAUCAUUUCUCAUGGCAGUGUUUCAGACCACUCCGUGGAGGUUGAUUUCUGGGACCUUAGGACUAAUAUGUCUUUUGUUGGCGGCUACUUUGGGAAUUUUGUUCAAUUCACAUAAUGAGUCAACCGUGUCCCCAGGCCCCAACACAGAACUCCAGGAAGCCUCUGACUGCUGUCAUUGCCCAGAGAAGUGGGUUGGGUACCGACGCAACUGUUACUUCAUUUCUACUGAAGAGAAAACUUGGGAAGAAAGUAGGAAAUUCUGCGUUUCUCAGAAUUCCAGUUUGCUUCAGCUUCGAAACAAAGAUGAACUGGCUUUUAUGCCCUCCAAUGAACACUUUUACUGGACUGGACUCUCUUACAAUGAAGAACGUGCUGCCUGGUUUUGGGAGGAUGGCUCUCCUUUAUCACGGGAUUUAUUUCCAUUGAUUAAAAGUCCAAAUCCAAAGAAAUGCAUAAUAUAUAGUGCAACAAAUAGUGGUAUGGAUGAGUCUUGUGAAGAGGAAACUCGUUAUAUCUGUAAACGACAGCUUAUUUGUUUCUUGAGGCAGAGUGGGGACUAAGGAUCCAGGAUUACUAAGAAUGGUACUUUUACGUCAUAUUACUACUAAUUGUCUAUUUCUUAGCUCUGUAAAAAUGCUUCAUACUAUCUUUUCCUACCAUUUUCAUACAUUUGAAGGCAUUUGUUUAAAAAUUGAUGAAAUUUGUAUACCUAAACCUGAAAUUAUAAAGUAUAAAGAAUUUUAUGAAUAUUUGGAUGUAAGGCAUAUAGUUAACAUAAAAUUCAGUGUAGUUUUAUUACAUAUUUAUGUGAUUUUGCUUACAUUCUUAUAAAAAUUCUUUUGGCAAAAAUUUAAAUAAAAUUUUAUUCACACUAAAUAAUAUGUAUCAACCUUACUUCACUCCUUAGUGUGGCAUACUCAAUUGGGAAGUUGCAAUUGCAGAAGUUAUCUUUCUGGAAUGCUAAUGUUCUUUAUUGAUAUCUCUAUGUUUUUAUAUAGAGCUGAAAAUGCCAGAUGACGAUUUCCUUGUAUCAUCUUGCUUCAGAGGGGAACACAUUUGUAAGCUUAUGCAUCAGUAAAAGGGUCAUUGACGUGUCCAAAAUGAUCUCAUUCUGUUUCUAAAAGUUAUGUGUUUACAAACGGUCUAUGAAACUAGUGUAUGAUGCCCCAUGAUCAUAUCAAUGUACACAGCUAUUAUUUAAUAAGAAAAAAAAGAAAGAUGGAGACUUUACCUCUUUCAUGUUUACAUGGAUGGAGCUGGAACAUAUUCUUCUUAGUCAAGUAUCUCAAGAAUGGAAGAAAAAGUAUCCAAUGUACUCAGCCCUACUAUGAAACUAAUUUAUG